UAUUUAGAACGUUAAGUGUGAACACAUUAGAAAAAUGUUAAAGUUUUUGCUAGUUUUGUUGGUAGCAGUGGUGGCGGCCAAGGCCUAUGAUUUUUCGGAUUCAGAUUAUAAUCAAUAUUUAUUUGAUGAAUUUGAGUUUUUGAAUGAAGAUGUUGCUUUAACCCGCCAGAGACGUGAUGCUGAAGCUGCUCCCGCUGACAAGAAAGAAUGCGGUGGCAAAUGGAAGAAAGAGUUUGCCUGCUGCACUGGUGAUAAACUCGAUCUUGAGCAUGUCAAACAAAUGAAAGAGGUCAAGAAACAGUGUGCAAUGAAAUUGAGAGCCAAUAAUUCCGAUGUUGAAAACUUUGAUCCCUUUGAUUGUGAAAAAAUGGGCAGAAUCAAGCAGCUGAUCAUCUGUGAAGGUGAAUGUUUCGCCAGAGCCAUUAAUGUCCUGGAUGAAAGUGGUAAAUUGAAUCGUGAAGCCAUUGUCAAGCGUUUCGCUGAACAUAUGGUGGGUGAUAGUGAUUGGAAAAAGGCCGCCUAUGAGGGUUACGUUGACAAGUGUCUGGCUCAAGUAGAGGCCAAGCAACAACAAGACGGCGAACAACAAUGCAGCAGUGCUCCCAUGGAAUUCCAUCAUUGUAUCUGGGGUGAAUUUGUUAAUGGUUGUCCAGCUGAUUUGCGUAUUGAUUCUCACAAGUGCAACAAGAUGCGAGAGCGUCAUAGCCAGGGAACUGCAUUUUUCUUGAAUAAACAUUUGUUGCAUGGCUUCUUGCAUCGUGGUCAUGAACACCGUGGUCAAAGUGAGGAACAAAAGGAAAAUUAAGAAAUUCACUAAAUGAAAAUGUUUAAAUUAUCCUUGAAAAAAAUUGAAUUGCUAAAUAAAAAAAUCGUU